GGAGCACAAAUGCAACAGAUUAAUCUUCACUGACUAGAGACAGACACUGUUCAGAGCUGCAGAAAAGCUAAUCGCAAUCAAGAGAAACAUGGAUUCAAGAAAGUCUCCAGCAGAGUGGAAUUCAUCUCAGAAUCCAGAACCAGGGCAGCCUUUGCUUUUACUGCAGCAGGACCCUCCGGAGUACUCUGAUGCUGGAUUCUCUCCCUCUCACAACUUUCCCAGCAGUUCCCAGCAAUACGGAGCUCCAGCAGCAUCUGGCCUGUACACUCCAGGGUCAUAUCCGGUGCAGAAUGUGGUCAAUAUGCAGCCUACGGCUGAAGUGUUCACUCCACUGACCAAUCCACUGCCAGAUUACCUGGGCUACUCCAUCUUUACCCUGCUGUGCUGCUGUAUGCCUCUGGGAUCGGCUGCCCUUGUUUACUCCCUCACAACUCGAGAUGCUAACAUGUUUGGACACCGGCAAAUAGCCAGCAGAAACUCCAGAAUGGCACGCAUUAUCAACCAUGUCAGUGUUGCUGUUGGCCUAAUCUUCUGUUUGAUUUUUGUAGUCUACAUCAUUUUUGCUGCUAUUGUAGCUGUACGCAUUCACAGCAUUAGACCAUAAUUGUAAGCAAUUUCAUACAGGGCAACAGAAAGUUGAAGAUAGUCAGGAUUUUGCAAACAGGAACACCUUGUUACAAAUACAAGCACAUUUGUGGUUCUUCUUUUAAAUGUUAGUGUUGCUCAAGUUAUUUUUUGUAUGAUAGCUUUUAGACUUUUUACUGUAUGAGGAGCUCCGUCUGGAGGACCAGUGAGGAAUGAUUCAGCAUUUUUAAUGUCACCGACUCCUCACCAUAUCAUUGUUUAUACAUAAUUAAAACACAUGCUUUUUAAUUAUUUUAUGUUUUAAAACAAUGAAAGCUUUAACUGUUAAGGUAAUGUAGCAUCAAGGUAAUGUAGCAUCAAUUUAUUUGUUUGUUUUUCAGCUUGUCUUUAUAUUACAUAAAAUUUGGAAUAAUCAAUAACAACAUAUUUUAACUUUU